AUGGUCUCGUUUGCUUCGCCAUUAUUUUGGCAAAUUAACUACUUGGUUACGAAUCUUAAUAAGAAAAACUUCAAGUCAAACGUCGCCGAAUUGAAUCAGCUCGUGGAACUUUAUGGGGAAGAUGCUCGUAUUUUUCUGCUUAAUUGUCUUGUCAAGGAUAUUGACUUUCGUAGUCAAAAGGACGGACUAAAGGUCCAAGUACUUACGCACGAAGUCGCUCAAGCGUCCUCCCGUCCUAAUUUUACCACUUUUAUCUGCGAGGCAAUUGAAGGAAAUUCGUCGGAUUCUGCAGCUGUCAAUGGACGUCAGGUGACGGAAGAGUUUUUGCAUCUUUUCUGCAAGAUGCUGAAGCUCAGUCUUCCACAGCAAGUGACCGUUGGUCUGGCUUUUGCUCAGGGCGUGAACGCCAACAGCUCUGGUGAAGCCAUUCAGUUCCUGCGGUCGAAAAUUCCCGAAAUCUCGUCCUGUGGGGCCAAUUUACCCUCGGACGUGCUUCACUCGCUCGUCUUUGUGCUACGCAUGAAGAAGCAAUUCCACGUCGAUAUCGCCGAGACGGACUCCUUGCUUGCCAGCAUUUCCUCAGCUCACCCGAACGACAUGGGAUUGCUGGAGAUGGCCCCACUUACCAUGGGUGACCCCGACUACGUCGACUCCGAGUCUAUGACCAGCUCAAAUUCGCUCAGCAAACUCAUUUCGGAUGUGUCUUCGAGUUGCCUGUUUUACGAACUGAUGGAAGAUGUUGGCUACUCAUGCACGUCGUCCCCGCAAGCGUUACGCACCCUCCUGGCCGAGGCUGGGCUUGCCAAAGCCCCCACGAUCCCGGCGGCGCAAGUCGCAGGAAUGCUGGCGAUGCUCUCGCGAACCUACACCGGAUUGGAUGCGGGGAACAGCGCGACGCUGAUGGCGAACCUUACGAUUGACUUUGAGGCAACCCCAUUGCACGAGGCAGCUGCGAUGCCUGUGCGGGAAAAUUGGGACCUUGAGGUUAUCGCAGAAGUGCUGCAAAAAGAUUAUGGCUCUAUCAAGUGGUCCAAGGUGGCGGAGCAGCUGGAUCGUCCGGACCUCAACAUCCAAAACGUGUCUCAGCUGCGUGUACUUAUUACGGCAUUUCAGCGAUUUUCGCAAACUAAGUUCCGCGUGACGGUACUGUUGCGACCAUGGAAGAACUGCCGUGCGCAUAUCAGUAUUCUGAAAGCAGCUGUAGAUGCGCCCCCGGAAGUACUCUCGUUCUCUGAAUCGCCGCACAAGCUCGCACCGUUUGAAGGUGCCGAUGCAUCAGCUGUUCCCAAGAAUGGUGUGUGGUUUUCAGUGGACAUAGUGGACACACUGCUGCAGGCGUCGGAGCAAGAUUGUUACGGUGACGUGCGCAAGCUCCUGGAUGGAGCCAUGAAGACAUGUCCUGAUGUUUUGAUCGCUAACUUGGCUCAAGCCUCACCGCGUUGGAAUGCGCUGCGUGACGACAUGUUCUCGGAGCUCUUUAGUACUUACAUUAUGGGUCGCCCUAACGCGCCACUUAUCAUGCGUCAUUUGUGGUCGGUGGCGCCAAAGUUGGUAUUAUACGCGAGCGUAAAGUGCUUCUACGCCGCAACGGCCCCGCAUAUUGUCUCGCGACUAUUCGCGCUCUUCCGGAACACGGGCGAUGCCUUUGCAUCAGCCAUCCACUCGAACUAUUUUUCGUUUGCUUUGGCGCUUGCUACAAUGGGAGCCAACCAUGAUGUGCUGAACUUGGAGACUUGGCUGGUGGAGCGCCUCGCUUCACAACGGACGGCUUUUGCGACAUCGUGCCUCGCCUUCGUGCACCGCAAUUACGCUCGCGCCGUUCCGAAGAGCAACAUUACCCUGCAGUCGAGUCAUGUACUAUCUAUUGAGUCGUUAGCGACUAUUCUCAAGUGCAUCAUGGCGGUUCAAGGGGCGCUACCCGUUACUAUCGCACAAGAACUCAAGCGGAUUAUUACUCUCUGUAUGGAGGCCCACCCUGUAAUUUCAGCGUCCACGCAUCCGCCUGGAGAGGCAGGUAUGUCUCACGCACCAGGAGCCGUGGGGGCAGUCGCUGGCAUUGCUGCCGGGGCUGCAGCAGCUGCGGGUGUCGGAGCUAGAAGUGAGCUAGCAUCGACGAAUGGAGAGGCUCCGUCCUAUACGGCAGAAAUGAUUGAGGAACAGGCGAACGCUUAUUUCCAACAAAUUUAUACGUCGGAGCAGAAUAUCAACGAUGUUGUAGCAAUGCUGAAACGCUUCCAAGGUUCUCGUGACGAGCGUGAGCGGCAGAUCUUCUAUUGCAUGAUCCAUAACUUGUUCGAUGAGUACCGGUUCUUCCCGCGGUACCCGGAGAUGGAGCUACGCAUUACUGGCGUUCUUUUUGGCAAGCUCAUUGAGCACCAAGUGCUUCCAUCGAAUUUCCUUCAGACUGCGUUGCGUUCCGUGCUCGAAAGUCUUCGUGAGCCUGUGAACUCCAAGUUCUUCUUCUUUGGCGCAUGUGCGCUUCAGCAAUUCGUUCCACGGUUGCGGGAGUUGCCAGCGUAUUGUACGAACCUGUCGCAGAUCCCUCAUCUCCAGCACGCAUUGCCGGAAAUCAUGCGUCAAGUGAACCAAGUCACUCGCUCAACAGCGUUGUCAGGGGCUUCGCAAGAUGCGAGUGCUGAUAGUAGCAGUGCAUUGUCUUCGUUGGGUGGUGCACUGCCGCCGUUGAGUGGUGCACUGCCGCCGUUGAGUGGUGCACUGCCUUCGUUGAGUGGUACUAGUGAAGGAGACGGAGCGACGAGAUUAAGUAGUACUGCCGCGUCAUUUGGACCUGGGUCACCGCCUCCUGAAGGAUCUGGUGCAAAGGGUCAAGACGAGAUUAUCAAAAUCCCAGCGUCGAUCCUAAGUCGGUCAGCAGGCCCGUCAUUGGCAUCCCCGCUACUUAAAGUACCAGCUGCCUCGCCACCACCCCCUGUCGCCCCUGCACCAGAGUUAAUUGUGGAUCAUAUUUUCCACGAGUCGAUUAAGGUGGAUGAGGAAGAGGUUGUCGAGCAGCCUGAUGAAAAUGUGAAGGAUCGUAUACACUUUAUUGUGAACAACAUGUCCAUAUCCAAUUUGGAGGCGAAGAUCCCAGAGAUGCGUAAGAUGCUACUGCCUACGUAUCACGCUUGGCUCGCGAACUACCUGGUAGUGAAGCGCAUUUCAACCCAGCCCAAUUACCACACGGUGUACCUGAUUUUAAUCGAGAAACUUGUGCGACCAGAGCUUGAGCGUGAGAUUCUCAAGCGCACUCUUCAGAAUACGCGCAAACUACUAACCUCGGGAACGAUCACUACCAACUCGCAGCAACGCUCGUUGCUGAAAAACCUAGGCUCGUGGCUCGGCGUCUUCACUCUCGCACGCAACAAACCCUUGCUGCAACGUGAUUUGGACUUGAAAGAGUUACUAUACGUGGGCUACGAGACUGGCCAUCUCAUCGCUGUGACACCCUUUGUUGCUAAAAUUCUAGAAGGUUGCAAAAAAUCGAAGAUCUUCAAGCCGCCAAAUCCGUGGGUUAUGGGUCUCAUCCAUGCCAUGAGUGAGAUCUACGAUGUGCCGGACCUCAAGCUUAACCUCAAGUUUGAAAUUGAAGUUCUUUUCAAGUCGUUUAAGCUUAACGUGGAAGAUCAGCGCAAGGCGCAGCUUUUGCAUACGCGUCGUGCACCACCGCGCACGGCAAACCCUGACUUCAAUGUCAAGGUUCUAAAGAAUCCAGCGAUGGGGCAGCGGUCUGCCACGCCACCGCCUGGCUCGGGAGCUAAGCUGGGUCGACCAUUGACACCAGGAAAACAAACGAAAAAGCCGGGCGAUGGGUUUGCACCUGCGGGAAGUCCGGCUGGGAGAGAGGCAGUGUCGUAUGGCUCGCUUGGCGCAGCUAAUGCUGGCUCGGCGGCUGCGGAGUCGACCGUGAUUCCGAACCUAGCCUCGUAUGUCGCUGUGAAUCCUGAGCUACCGCUGCGCAACGUUAACUUGCGUCGCCUUGUACCCCUCGCCGUGGAUCGUGCAAUUCGCGAGGUAAUCUCCCCUGUGGUGGAACGCAGUGUAACCAUCGCAUGCAUUACAACUCGCGAGGUCAUUUUGAAGGACUUUGCCACCGAAUCUGAUGAUACGAAAAUGCGGAAGGCGGCGCAUCUGAUGGUAGCGUCAAUGUCAGGAUCGUUGGCACUUAUUACAGCGAAGGAGCCGCUUCGAAAUGCCAUCGGUACACAUCUCCGUGCGCUGCUUCCCACCAAUGCAGGGGACCCGCAACAGCUUGAACAUGUGAUCCAAGUCUGCUCGAACGAGAAUACAGACUUGGGUUGCAUGCUUAUUGAGAAAGCUUCAUCUGAGAAAGCCAUGCGCGAUAUCGAUGAAGCCCUUGCAGGCGCAUAUGCAUCACGCCGGCGGUAUCAGCAGCAGCAAGCGCAUGCUGGUACGACACCAGAGGCUGAUGGAGUGCACUUUUUCGAAGGCAGCGCAAGCAGCACGGCAGUAGCGGCCUCAGUCGGCUCGCCCGGCGCUCCUAGUGGCCAAUGGCCGGCAGCUUUGCCCGAAGUCUUUAAGCCUAAGCCAGGCGGAGUUCUUGCCAUGCAACUUGUGGUUUACGAGGCGUUCCAGCGUAUCCCACGACCCACUUCCAUGCCUCUUUCGUCUCGUGCCGGUGUCGGUGUAUACCCAGGUGGUGCGGUCGAGAAGGAGGGCGACACCGCUGGUGUGAGCGUGUCGGCAGCCUUGGACCGCUUUGCUGGAUUGUUGGAACGUUUUGAACUAUUCGUGCAGAAAGUGGUUCGCCAGGCUGCGGCUACCCAGCGCGAGCUUCCGUCGCUGCUAGCUAUUCCUACGGAAAGCGAGGUGUUUGCCAUUCUUCGUGAGGUACGUGCACUUGGGGGAAGUGUGCGGCCAGCGCUGCGCGAUGAAGCUUGUCUCAAGAUUGCGAACCGUAUUGUGAAGUUCAUGUACGAGUUGGGUAAUGGUGGUCGAGGCAAUGAGUUGUUCUUGGAAAUUCUUGUGAGCUCAUUGGAGGCGCUGACUGCUAGCUGCGAGACACUUUGCAAGGAAAUUGUGGGAUGGGUACUGCGCGCGCCAGUUGACGACAAAUUAAAGCUGCACUGUGAAAUAAUUGUGGCGCUAAUCCGCUUCAAGGUGGCGGAUGCAAGUGAUUUUGACGUUUACAUGGCACGCAACAUGGAGCGCAACAGUGUAGCCAUCGAGUUUGCUGUUCACGUUGUCCGCCAAUGUUUGAUGAUUGACCACGUUAGUGUCGCUACUCACCUGUCAAACACUCUGGAAGCACUUGCGCGCAUUGUGGAGCGCCAUGGAGGUGCUACAGCGAAUAAGAAUGUGCAGAUCCUUGCUGCACUGCUGGAGCAAGCGCGUGCACAAAAGAUGCAAAAUCGUCCGGCACCACCAGCGCCGCAAAAGAGAAUGGGUUCAAUCAGUAGUGGCAGUGCGAAGGCCUCUGGGGACCGACCUCUGGUGCAGGAGCACGCUGCUUUUCGGCACACUGUGAGCAACGCUUUGGAGCACUGGAUCGCCAUUUACAAAGAGCCAACUGGAAACUCCAAGAUACAUGCUCAGUAUCUCCAGAUGCUGAAGCAGUAUGGAUUGCUUGCUGAUGACGAAAGCAUAUCCCUCUUUUUUAAGUUUGGCACGGAACUAUGUGUGGAUGCGUGUCUGAAGAGCUCAUUCGCUGCGAACGACGCUGCUACGCUCAAGGCUGGUACAAAAGUUCCGCUCAACUACGCGGUAUUGGACGCACUUACGCAUUUAAUGGCUCUACUCGUUAAAUAUCUUGAUCCCUCGCCCGCUGCAAAGCUCCAGGUGCUCAACCACGCUGUUGGUGCCAUUGCGAAUGUGCUAGUUGCGGCACACGACCUCUCGCGCAAGAAGAAGGCGCGAUUCGAUCAGCGCGUCUUCUUCCGCAUGUUUGUGAACCUCAUGAAAGAGUUAACGGCGCAAGAGCCGGCUUUGGAUGCCAUCCACCUGCAAGUUCUCAACACAUUUGCUAGUGCGUACAACACGCUACAGCCUCUGGGAUUGCCUGGCUUCGUGUUUGCUUGGACGGAGCUCAUCUCGCAUCGUUGUUUCAUGCCAUUGCUGCUGCGUGCGAAACAGCAGCGUGGUUGGCAGAUUUUGCACCGCCUUCUUAUGAAUCUGCUGGUGUUCAUGGAGCCGUUCUUGCGCCACGCAAACUCGGCCGUGCCACUUCCGGAUUCUAUUUCGGCGCUUUACAAAGGCGUUGUUCGUAUCAUUUUGGUACUCCUUCAUGACUACCCGGACUUCCUGAGCGACUUCUACACGAGCUUUUGUGACGUGCUGCCGGCAGCUUGUGUUCAACUGCGUAACGUGAUCCUCUCGGCGUUUUCUCGCUCGAUGCGGCUGCCCGACCCGCUCACUUUGGGUCUGCAGGUCUCUCAACUUCCGGAAGUAAGCGUGGCUCCGCGGCUGAUGCCUGCAUGGGGCGCUGCGCUCACCCACAAUGGCAUUAAGGAGUAUGUUGAUGAGUUCCUGCAUGCGACAACAAACCGGGCAUCUGUAUUCCCUACGGACCUCAUUUCCAAGCUGAUGCGCCCUGCUGCCCAGCUAGAGCGUGACCCGACGUCUUGUAUGUAUGCGCUACCCGCUCUCAAUGCAGUUGUGCUAUAUCUGGGCAAAGAGGGCAUUGCGGAAAUGGCAAACGGUGAUUCUACUCCUGUGAGUCCGCCACCGACGUCUUCUGGAGCUGAUGGCGACGGGGCUUCGAAUACCAAGUUUGAAAAAAGCGCAGCUAUGGAUGUAUUCCGCUAUCUUGCGGACGAGUUGGACACGGAGGGCCGCUACUGGUACUUUAGUUCUCUGGCGAACCACCUGCGCUACCCGAACAGCCAUACGCACUACUUCAGCUGCGUAAUUCUGUACCUGUUCUCGUACUCAAACAAUAAGAUGGUGAAGGAGCAAAUUACGCGCGUCCUCAUUGAGCGUCUCAUUGCAAACCGUCCACACCCGUGGGGUCUGCUGGUGACGUUCAUUGAGCUGAUUCGAAACAAGAGCUACAAAUUCUGGGAGCAGGACUACCUCGAGUGCUCAAGCGAGAUCAAGGAGGUGUUUGACGACGUGGCUCGCACGUGUCUCGGCUCGGCCCCCGGCACAUCAAGUGCCAGUCCGUUAGCCUCGCUUGGUGGCAAUACUAUCACAGCUGCCUCUCCUGGGGCCUCCUCGUAG